AGCGAAGCAGGCAGUGAAAUUGGUCGAACAGUGCACGUGUUUGAAUAUGUCAAUGUGUCUUUGACUUGUGUAUGUUUUGUUGAUGUGGUAAUACUCUUACCAAAAAAAGUAGAUAGAAGCAAUGGGGAAGGCCAGAAAAAUGAGGAGAAGAGACUUAAAUUUUGCAGAAAAACGAAGAGCGCGUGAGAAUAAAUGGGAUGCAAAUGCACCACGAAGGGAAUACCAGGAUAUAGUUCGUGAAAAUGCAGAUUUUGAGAAAUAUUAUAAGAUGCAAAAAAUCUGCCCAGAGGAAGAAUGGGAUGCUUUUAUGGCUACAAUAAAACAAAAUCUGCCAACUGCUUUUCGAAUUACUGGCUCAAAAGCGGAAGCCAGAGCUCUACUAAGAUUUGUUCAAAGUAAUUUCUUUAACAACUUCCUGAAUCCUGGAAAGCUUGAAGGUGAUUCCGAAGAGAAGCAGGAUGCAGAAAAUGUUGAGCAGAGGAUAAAACCAAUAUGUCUACCAUGGUACCCCGAUGGUCUUGCAUGGCAACUGCAGUUAACUCGCAAGGAUAUAAGACGAUCUGAAAUAUAUUUUCGUUUGCACAAUUUCCUAAUUGCAGAGACAGAAUGUGGAAACAUUAGCCGACAAGAAGUUGUCAGUAUGAUUCCUCCCUUGUUACUGGAUGUUCAGGCGCACCACAAGAUUCUUGAUAUGUGUGCUGCACCAGGAUCAAAAACAGCACAAUUAAUUGAGCUGUUACAUUCAGACAGUUCAGACCUGCCAGAUGGAUUUGUGAUUGCCAAUGAUGUUGAUAAUAACCGUUGCUAUAUGCUAGUCCACCAAGCAAAGCGAUUGAACUCGCCAUGCAUAAUUGUAACAAACCAUGAUUCAGUAGUAAUGCCAAACCUUACAAUCACACAGAAGGAUGGAAGCAAAGGGAUUUUGAAAUAUGACAGGAUACUGUGUGAUGUUCCAUGUUCUGGAGAUGGCACUAUGAGGAAGAAUCCUGACAUAUGGGUUAAGUGGAAUGCAGCUAAUGGGAACAAUCUGCAUGGCAUUCAGUUCCGAAUUCUGCGACGUGGUGUGGAAAUGUUGGCAGUAGGAGGUCGCAUAGUUUAUUCCACGUGUUCUCUCAACCCACUGGAAAAUGAAGCCGUACUUCACAGGCUGCUUUCUGAGGCUGAUGGUGCUGUUGAGCUAGUUGAUGUCACAAACCUCUUACCUGGCUUGGUAUAUAGCAAAGGUGUAUCUCACUGGAUUCCUGCAUCGAGAGAUCUAGUGGGGUAUCAGAGCAUUGCUGAUGUCCCAGACAAAUGGCGUACAGUAAUCCAUCAGCAGAUGUUUCCUCCUGCACCAGAAAAUGCAGAGAAAUAUAAACUUGAUCGCUGCAUACGCAUACUUCCUCACAAACAAGAUACUGGAGGUUUCUUUGUGGCAGUUUUGGAAAAGGUGCGUCCUUUGCCUUGGGAAGCACCAUUGAAACAAAAUGAUGCAAGUAGUACUGAACCAUCUACAGAAAAGAAAGAUUCUGCACCAGAACCACAGAGGAAGAGGAGGAGAAUGCAUGGGUACAAAGAAGAUCCAUUCAUUUUCUUUGAUGAAAAUGAACCUCUUUGGCCACAGAUAAGGGACUUUUAUGACAUUGACAAAAAUUUACAGCCAACUUGUUUGUUGACAAGAUGCAAAGAAGGAAAGAAAAAGAACAUAUACUUCACAUCGCCAGCAGUACGAGAUAUAGUUUUACAUAAUGAAAGUAACAUUAAGUUGAUCAACACUGGUGUUAAAACAUUUGUUCGGUGUGACAACAGAGUCCAGGAAUGUCCUUUUCGAUUGGCUCAGGAGGGUUUGCAUAGUAUCUAUCCUUAUAUGGGGCCAAAGAGGAAAAUUAAAGUUACAAAGUCUGAUCUGAUAGCCCUUCUGAUGAAUGACAACCCCAAAUUCCCUCCAGAAGCUACAUCGUUGGAUCAGAAGACACAAGAGCAGCUUAAAGACAUUUCACAAGGCAGCUGUGUGUUGGUGUAUGAAGGUGAGCCCACCAAUGAUGGUGACAUGAACUGUACUACACCAUUGCACAUGGUGGGAUGGCGAGGUAUAAAAUCUGUACGAGCAUACGUACCAACAAAUGACUGUGUUCACUAUUUGCGGCUUUUAGGAGCAGAUGUCUCCAAGUAUGAGGUCAACAAGUUCAAAGACAAAAAUGUUCCUGACGAAAGCAGUGAAAAAUCUGAGAGUUGCCUAAACAUUUGUGAUAAAGAUUCAUCAGCAAGUAAUGAAUCUCUUUCUGUGGAUAAUGGAAACUCAUCACAGAGGGACACUGUUGAAACCAGCCAACUAGAAGCAGGUGAAGGAUAACAGAGGCUUUGAAUUGAAGUAUUCCUGUACCAAGAUGUCAUCUUAAACAAAAGUCGUCUUCAGACAUAUUUGCCAAUAUGUGGACUCAGAAUGUUACUUCGUGUCUAUGCAGAGUACUGAAUUCUCGCAGAAGCAUACACUGCACAGUAAUUACCAUAACUUCUCAUAUUACUAUAAUAAUAAUAAUAAUAAUAAUAAUUAUUAUUAU